AUGACCACGACGAACGCUCAUUCGCCGAUGAACGCGGGUAAGACGCAGGGAGUGGAGACCCAAACACUCGUCAUGUCCCAGCUCACAACUUCGACUUCUUCGAUAUUUCAGACUCCAGAUCAGUCGCAUGAUCUCAGUUCAGAAUACUUCAUGGCAGAGGACGCACCGGGGGUAAUCCCCCCGAUCUCGGUCACACACUCCGAUUACGCGCAAACCCCCGAGCCGGACAUUGAUGAUAUUGAGGACCCCGACCCUGAAUUUACCAUAACAUCGCAACUGGACCUGGAAGACCACAGUUUUAUUCCUUCUUUGACAGAUCGCGACGAUAGUAGUCCCUUUCAUCCAUCAAGCGAAAAUGGCGACGAACGCGACAACAACCAGACCCUGAUCGAAGAGCACGAAAUGCGUCGCAAGUUGAUGGACAUCGAGUCCAGCUUCUUACCAGAACCCUCGACAAUUGCGACCGGGCCUUCUGCUGGUGCAGAUGAUACUUAUUUGGUUGGAGUCCCAAGAGAUGACGUUGCAGAAACGACACAGGAUUCCUCACAGCUCUCUUCCUUAGAACAAGCCGAGACAGGUUCGAUACAUGACGAAGAUGGCAACGCGCAAGAACAGACAGAAUCAGCACCUGCUCGCCAAUCGGAACAGCCUACGGAUACUCCAUUACCUGACUCCUCACCCACGACGGCUACAAAGCUGCGCCAACCUCAAACCACCUCGUUGGAGAAAGAAGACGGCCAGCUCCCUCAGGACGCGCAUCCCUUCAGAUCUGGAUUUUCUAUGACCGAGAACGAAUCACAACUUACUCCCUCCAAACUUCGAAAUACCUCCCGCAGCUUGUCCCCCGGUGCAUCGCACCUGUUCAGUGACCAGAGUGGUAGUAGUACCCCUGGUAGUCGCAAAGCCAGCCGACCAAAGUACCUGACUAGCCGCCAAUCAGCCCAUCGUCUCUCACACUCCUCGGUCGCAAGUAAUAACACCGAAACAACCAACAGCGAUGCCACACUUGGCGCGGACUAUGCCCUCCAAACUGGAGGCGCAACGUCCGAUAACUAUGGCAGUCUACAUGCCAGAAAUCAUACGCAUAUGGCUAGAACGACCAGUCUGGGGAGCAUGGCAUCAGGGAUCUCUGGCUAUAGCGAAGAAAAUCCGUUCGAUAAGAUCAAACCCAGUCCAGCGGAUGGAGGCCUGCAUACUCUAGAGGAGGAAGGCUCACCACGUUCUCGUGCUGAUCCAGUCGAAGACACCUCGGCGCCGGUGACACCAAAGGCGAAGCCACAAGACAACAAUCUUCCUACGGAUACAGCAAUCACCGAGCGCAUAAAGGGCAUUCAGAUUCCUACCACAUUUGCGCAACGGUUUCGGGAAGACUUUCAACCAGAUAAACGACUAGGGGCAUCGACGCCUACGUUUGCGAAAAGUGGUCGGAACUUGACUCUUAAGGAACAGAGCAGUACCAUCGAUCGCCUGGCGAAGGAGAACUUUGACCUGAAAAUGCGAAUUCAUUUUCUCAAUGAGGCACUCAAUAAGCGUUCCGAAGAAGGCAUCAAGGAGAUGAUUUCAGAGAAUGUCGAGCUCAAAUCAGACAAGGUCAAACUCUCCAAGGACAACCAGAGCCUAAGGCGCAAGAUUCGGGACUUGGAAAAGCAGGUCAAAGACCAUCAAUCGGACAAGGAUUCUAUGGUCAAUCAUGACCCUGAAGCGUCAGAGGAUGGUGAACGUGACUCGGCUCAAGACGAAGAGAUGAUCUUUCUGCGGGAACGGAUUGAAACCUAUGAACUAGAGAUUGAGCGCAUGAGAUCAGAAACCAUCGCACGGGAAAGUGAGAAGCGACGGUUGGCUGAGAUGGUCAAGUCUCUUAGCGACAAUCGUGCAGGAGAGUCCGAUGCAGGCGCAAGAGAGGAGCGAGAAAUGUGGAAAGACAUGCUUGAUGCAGAAACAUCCGCGCGUGAGCAAGCCGAAGAGGAGAACCGCAGACUUCGGGAUGAAACGAUUCGCUUGCGCAGUGAGAUGUAUUCUGCCACGAAGUCUGGUCAAUAUGACUACACAUUUGAUAGAGAUGGCAAUCGACUCCCUGGUGUUCCUAACAGUACCCUCGUUGUAGAGCUGGGGCUUCUCAAACAGGAAAACGCCGAACUACGAAAAGAAGUCAGCGCUCAAACUUCAAUGCUGACGUCCCGCAAUCGAGAAAAGGAACGUCUCUAUCAAGAGAUCGAAGAAUUAAAGCUCGGAGAACGCCGACAUGGCGGCCAAUCCAUAGCUGGAGACAGUAUCUUUGAUCGUUCUGCUUCACGCGCUCAUGUUCGGCCAUCUUCCCAGGCUAGCAGCAAAACAACUAUGUCUCGCGACAUGGAUCGCGACGAACUCGAAGCCCGCAAUGGACAACUUCGCGAUCAAGUGUCGACCCUCAAGCUUGAAAAUCAAGCCAUCCGAGCAGAACUUGAGGACUAUAUUGCAGAAUUGGAGGCCCUUGAUAAGGCAUACCAGGCCGAUGUUGACCAAGCUGAAGAAGAGAUCCAAAAUCUACAGCAAGAACGAGACCAGGCUGUGCAUAUGGCAAACGAACGAGAUGCGGCCUUCCAAGACCUAAGGGCCGAGGCACAGGAAGAGUUGGAUACACUGGGAGAUGAGCUCGAUCAGAAGAUUGUUGAGUGUCAGCGCAUGAACGAGGACCUGAGAAAUCAAGAUGAAAAUCUCAAGGUCCUGCAGGCAGAGAUGCGAUCUGCGAAUGAGGGUAUCAUCCGUCUUGAGGAAGACGCACAAAACAACCUGGCUGCAUACAAGUCCGUGCAGCGGGAGCUUGAAGAGACAAACCGUGAGAUGGAGUCUAUGGAAAAGAGUCUAUUCGAAGCCAACACCAAGGUGCAGCGACUCACGGUGCAGAUCGAGUCGAGCCAGAAUGAAAUUGCUUUCCUCCGCGAAGAGCAAGAUGGCGACAAGAUCCGUAUCGGGGACCUAGAAUCAGACCUUAAGAACUACCGCAUGAGUUUGUCCAGUGAAAAGGAUAAGACCAGAGAGCUUGAGCAGCGACUGGCCGACGAACGUCACCAGCGAGAGAUGGUUGGGAGCAAGGAGAAGCAAGAUGUCCAACGCAUCAUGAAUGAGCUGAACCGCGAAGCUUCAGCUUCCAAGGAGGAAGUCCGACGGUUGAAGAAGAGUCUCUCUGCCCAAGAAAUUGAAACCUCCACUUGGCGAGAACGGUUAAUGGACCUCGAAAACAAUUUGAGAGAAACUCUAGGUGAUCUCAGCGGCAGUCGGUCAAGCUUGAUCACCAACAUCAUGAAGCUACAAAAGGAACUCGAAUCGACCGCCCUGGAGUUGGAGAGCGUUCGCUCGCAGCUAGAUGAAAAGGAAUCUCUGCUUCGGAACCGCGAUGCUUUACUCGAAAGUCACGGACUUGAAUCACGCAAACUCUCAGAACUGUUGGAUCGUGAACGGCACGCCCGCCGAGCCGACAAACAAUCCUUUGAGUCGUCACUCAAAUCUCAUCAGCAGGCAUCCCGGACGAUUGCGCAAAGCAAUUCUCGCAUUGCAGACCUGGAAAAGGCGCGAACCGAGGAUCGCAAGAGGUAUGUAGCGCUAGAACAGCAGUUCAAGGACCAGCUUAGCGAGCGCAAUACCAUGUUCCUUAACAUUUGGAAACGAUUAUCCGGACUCUGCGGGCCGGAUUGGGCGCACUCCAAUAGUCUGAUCAAUGGCAAUCUCCCAAGCCAGGAGGUUAUUGGCAAUAUUCUGUUCUGGCCAGGCUUCAGUCGCAACCUUUUGCUUGCAAUGAAGACUGUCGAGGCCGUCAUGGCGGGAUUCAAGACUCGCAUCAAGAGUGUCGAUCACGAGUUGACCAAGCGGUAUCACGCGCUGGAGACGUCAUACAAUGGGCGCAUCAAGAAGCUCGAGCGCCUCGAAGAAGCCGUGAAGAACAUGAGGUCCGGCCGUGGACAGUCGAGCUCCACGCCAGAGAUAUCUAAACUGCGUGGCGAGAACCGUCUUCUCAAGGCUGAGCUCAACCUACUCCAACCCGGCUCCAGACAGGGUCCUGCGGCUGCAGUCAUGGCAUCGGGGCCUCGAUCCCCUUCGCUAGUGUCGGCGGCGAGCUCUGUCGUUGGCACUGAAAGGUCUCGUGCCGAGAAAGGUCUCAGUCGCAGCAGUACAGGACUUCCGCAGCCCUCGCACUCCUCUUCUAGUAGCACAUUAACCAACAAUAAUCCCGGGACGAUGAUACCACGUACGCGCAGCUCGCACAGUGGCUGGGAUGGUGGAGAUGAGAAAUGGAUUCACAGGCUGCAUGAGCUGGAAAAGCGAGUCAAAUCUGAGCGCGAGGCGCGUCUCUUGGACCGCAGUGGUGCUCGCAAACGACUGGAGGAACGCGAUGCCGAAAACCAGAAACUUCGAGACCAACUCAACCGGGAACGUGCGCGGCGCGGAGCUCCAGCGACCAUCACUGGUGGUGGUCGCCCUCCUGUCUCGGAUGAAGCGCCUAGCUCCAGUGAAGGAGAGGGCAUUACAGUCGACAUUGAAGUCUGA